CAGUGGCCGCUGUACCCCGGGCGCUGGAGCGCGGCUUGCCCUAGGGACUUGGCCGGGAGCUCCCACCGCUCCACGCCCCUCUCCACCGCCCGCGCGGGGGCCCUCCCCUAGCUCCCUCCCUCCCUCCUCCUCUCCUUUGCUCCCUCCCUCCGAACCCAAUUGCUCAAGCCGCUUCCUUCCCCAACUCCAGCGCCAGUUCCUCCCCCGGUGGGGCCCAGGAAGGCAACGAACGCUAGACAGCGGAACCGCGGCAGCGGUGGCAGCUGCAAGACCAUGGCCCAGCUUCGAGGGACCGGGAACCCGGCACCCAAGACCUAUCUCGCGCCAACCGCGCCGAGCCUGAGGAGCGCCCCGCUGCCCCGCCCCUCGAGAGCGGACACCGGUAGCCUGGGCGGGUACCGAGGCAACGCCGCCGCUGCCACCUCCACCUCCCGGGAGCCCCCCUCCCAAAGCGCAACGAUGCUCUCGGGCCGCCGGCGAGGAGCGCUGCGGGAGUUGCUGGGGCUGCAGGGGGCGGCUCCUGCCAGAUGGCUGUCGGAGGAGCGCGGCGAGGAGCAGUCCGCGGGCGGGCCGGGCGGACCGAGCGGACCAGGCGGAUCCGGCGGCAGCGGACUGUGCCUGGAGCCGCGGGAGCACGCGUGGAUUCUGGCGGCUGCCGAGGGCCGCUUUGAUGUGCUGCAGGAGCUGCUGGAGGCUGAUCCGGGGCUCCUGCUGCGGAGCGACCCAAUCACGGGCUACACAGUGCUGCACUGGCUGGCCAAGCACGGGCGCCACGAAGAGCUCAUUUUGGUGCAUGACUUCGCCCAGCGCCGGGGGCUGCAGCUCGACGUGAGCGUCUCGGGCAGUGGCGGCUUCACGCCCCUCCACCUAGCGGCUCUGCAGGGCCACGACAUGGUCAUCAAAGUGCUGGUGGGCGCCCUGGGCGCCGACCCCACGCGCCGAGACCACAGCGGCAACCGACCCUGCCGCUACCUGCGGCCGGACGCGUCCCAGAGUCUGCGGGAGCUGUCAGGGGCCGAGGACUGCGAAACCGUGAGCCGCAGCAAGCGCAAGAACGCCAACAACAACUGCAGCGGCGCCGCUGCAUGGACGCUCAGACGGAUCCCGAGCGCGGUUGGCGCGAAGACCGCGAAGACAAACACAAGAGCAGCAGGGCUGGCAGCCGGGGAGAAGGACGCCACGGGCAACCGCGUGGCGCAGAUUCAAGGCCUUUUCCGCCAGCUGUUCCCCUUCUUCCAGGACCGUUGAGGGCAACGGAGACUGGAGAGCUCAGAGAGGCCGCGACGCUGCUGCGCGGCCUCGGCCCUUGGUUGUCCCGGGUUCCACCCAAAGAGAGGCGCCUCAGACGCAGCUUGCCCCUGCAAGGAGCAGACCACGUCGGGGUCCAACUCAGGUACCUGUCCCAGGUCUCCUGCCAGGACUUGGGGACUCGGGCAUCCCCUAACCUAGAGAGCCCGCCAAAGACCAAUCUGGUCUGGCACCCAACCCCAAAGCUGCUAUAGAACUAAGUAGUUAGGAGCCCAGAGCGCGGUCCUGCUUGAGAGAGGGAAAGUUAUAGCUGCUAGUAGCCAUUUCUGAGCAGGUGGAAAAGCUGAGUUUAUUAGUAAACAUUCUCUAGAAGAAUGACUGUGAACCAACGAUGCAGAGGAAACGCCUAAAACUCUGCCUGCCUGACUCGGUCUUUGAUGGGUCUUGUGGGGCAUGUAGUGUCAGCCCCUGGCAACCUGCUCCUCAGACCACGAGGCCUUACCGGUACCUUUCCUAAUGUAGAGCGAUGACUUCUUAAGUUUAUUAAAGUGGAAUAUGUUUUC